AUGGCCGGAGCCUGCUGCAAAUGUCCGGCCUCUCUGUCCGUGUUGAAGCGCUCUCUCUCGGUGGCGCCGCGAGGCUGCGGCUCCUCUCCCCCUCGGUCCGUCCUGCAGGGCUGGAGGAGGCGCGGGGACAGGGGCCUGCAGGAGGCCACCAGACCCAGUAGCGCCCUCAGAACCGUGGGUUUCUACCGACAAACAGCCUUUCUUUGUCUCUCCUGCCAGGAGUCUAUGAGCGACAGCCUGCGGACCUGUUACGUAUAUCUGAAUCAGACCAGCAGGAGCUUUGCGGCCGUGAUUCAGGCACUGGACGGAGAGCUGAGACAUGCGGUUUGCAUCUUCUACCUGGUGCUUCGUGCACUGGACACAGUUGAGGACGACAUGACCAUCUCUUUGGAGAAGAAGGUGCCAAUGCUUAACAAUUUCCACACGUACCUGUACCAGGGGGAGUGGUGCUUCACUGAGAGCCAUGAGAAGGACCGUCAAGUUCUGGAGGAUUUCCCUACGAUAUCACUGGAAUUUAGAAACCUUGCUCAGGAAUACAGAGACGUCAUCUCUGAUAUCUGCCACCGGAUGGGAGUCGGGAUGGCUGAAUUUCUGGAAAAGAAGGUGGGAUCCGUGAAAGAGUGGGACCUGUACUGCCACUACGUUGCCGGUCUCGUCGGCAUCGGUCUGUCGCGGCUCUUCUCUGCCUCCCAGCUGGAGGAUCCAGAAGUGGGACUGGACACCGAGCUGGCAAACUCAAUGGGGCUGUUCCUGCAGAAAACAAACAUCAUCCGAGACUAUCUGGAAGAUACUCAGGAGGGACGGGCCUUCUGGCCAAAAGAGGCGUGGAGCCAGUUUGCGAGUCGUCUGGAGGAUCUGGCCCAGCCCGAGAAGCUGGAGUCGGCUCUGUCCUGCCUCAACCUGCUGGUCACCGACGCUCUGCGUCACGUCCCCGACGUCAUCGCCUACCUGUCUCGGCUGCGCAACCAAAGCGUCUUCAAUUUCUGCGCCAUUCCACAAGUGAUGGCAAUAGCUACCCUCUCAACCUGCUACAACAACCCGAUGGUGUUUCAGGGUGUGGUGAAGAUCAGAAAGGGACAGGCUGUCACCCUCAUGAUGGAAGCCACCAACAUGAGAGCUGUGCAGACCAUCAUUGCUCAGUACAGCCAAGAGAUUUUACAGAAGGUCUCUCUCACCGAUCCGACGCGGGACAAGACGCUGCACAUCCUGGCUGUGAUCCAGGAGAAGUCGGCCCUUCCUCAACCCGACCUCAGCUGCAGGAACCACCACCUGUCUCCUAUGUACCUGUCGGCUGCCAUGCUGGUGGCCGCGCUGAGCUGGCAGUAUCUCAGUACGACAGCUGCCCAGGCGCAGGGCACAGGGGACAUGCAGUGACUCUCUUCCUGAUUGGAAAACCCCCGUCUUUUCCUGGACAUCUAGUCCUUCUCUUCCUUGGGAAACCUAAGGAACGUCUUCCCACAUUGGAGUCUCACACUGGCUGUUAAAGAACCACAGACUUGUUGAACUUUGGGAUUCUUUUUGCAGCCUGAUCUGAAAAAAAAUAAAAUUCUGCGGUAUUGACACGUUCUCAUCCAUUUUGUGUUUGCCGCAAAAGGACAGUUUUAGGAUUUUAGACAACAGCGAUCAACUUUUGUGAAGUUUCACUGAUUUUUGUUUUCUGAAAUUUUAGCUUUUUUGUCCUUGUUGAAUCCUCACUGUGAGAAACACUUUAAAGUACAUCAGCAUUUGCACUGUUGGAUCACAUGGACGUAUUCCAAUAACCGAUUUAGAACAUUUCAUGUUUCAUUGAGUUUUGACUUUAUUCAACAAUAUGUGGGAAAGAUCUUUCUGCCAAUUUUAUCAGUCAUGAACUAAAAAAAAAUUGAAUAAAGUGAAAUAUAUUUUGAACAAAAGGAAUUUGUUGGCAAAGUGUCCUUAACAGCUUUGGUGAGUAGAAGGGCUAGCACAGAGUGACCUUGUACAGAACCAAAGGAGGGCUACAAACAUUGCUAUGUAAUGUGUCAUUUUCAUUUGUACAUAUUUGAAGAAAUAAAGAAGAAAAAGGGUAGUAUCUGUGUGAAAUCAGA